CAAUUCCACUUGGCCCAUAGUUUCCCCCUCCACCUCCCAUGCCGGCUUUCUCGUGCGGCAAAGCAGCAAUCCCAAAAAACCCAUCACACGCACAAAUUGUCAAAUCAAAUCAAAUAUUUUCAAUAACCAAUUUCUUAAACCUUUCCUUAUUAAUUAAAUUUAAAAAUUAAAUUAAUUUUUUAGCUUAUUGUGACCCCUUUACGUAGAGAAACGGUCAUCACAAUUCACAAACAAGAUGAUCAAUUUGAAGAAAUAUUUCUAAGGGAUUGAAGAACAUAACAUCCGAUUUUUUUUUAAAAGGAUUAAUCUUGGUUAGCUAAUUACUCACCACAACUUGGAAAUAUUUCAAAGUUUUAACCUUUGGAACAUUUACUUGGAAAAGGGGAUCAUAAUAUUUGGUGAGGAUGGGAACCAUGUUGGUGGUGCUAAUUUUGAUGUCGAUGUCGAUGAUGAUUAUGAUGGACAAUGUGUAUGCUGGAGAUACGAAUUCUGUUUUUGAUCCUUGUUCGGACACAAGAGUUCAGAGAUGGGAUGGUUUCACAUUUGGGCUUGUGUUUUCAUCAAAGGAAUCAUUUUUCUUCAAUGAAUCACAGCUCUCUCCAUGUGAUCGUCGCCUCUCCCUUACUGGAAAUUCUGCUGAACUCGCUGUUUUUAGGCCUAAAGUCGAUGAGAUUUCACUCCUUACAAUCAAUAUCAGCAACUUCAAUCCUAGCAAAUCUGGUGGUUAUAUGGUUGCCUUUGCUGGACGCAAGUAUGCUGCUCGAUCAUUGCCUGCUUUUGUGGCAGACAGUACUCACACCGUUACAAGCUUCACUCUGGUACUUGAAUUUCAAAAGGGCACCCUCCAGAACUUGUUUUGGAAGAAAUUUGGGUGCGAUUCGUGCAAAGGAGAUUCUUUUGUUUGCCUCAAUAAAACUGAUUGUGCAGUCCCCAAUAAUAAGUGCAAUGGAAAUGGCGGAUCCAUUGACUGCAACGUGAGCAUACAAUUGGCCUUUUCAGGAACAGAUAAGAAUGAAAAUGUGCUGAACUCGUGGUACGAGGUUAAAAACCUCAGACAAUACUCCCUCUACGGUUUGUUUCAAGGUGUUAGUGAUUCUCUCACGAGUCCUUUUAAGAACCUGUUUUAGGACCACAUAACGAGUUCUUGUUUGUAUAAUGUGUAAUGACCAUAAGAUUUCUGUUGUGCUUGGCCACAUAAGUAGAAUAUAUGUCUCCUUCGUCCGUUGAAUAACUUGGUGAUUACUACAUAGAAUCCAGCCUGUUUUAUCUUGUACAGAUCUUAUCUCAAGACGUUUUGUUGUUUAAAGUUUCUCAUUGUUUAUCA